CAGGCGCCUACCCUUUUCACGUUUAUUAUCUUUCGCUAGAGGAGUGGGUACUCAGAGAGGUUAAUCAACUUGCCCAAGGUCACCCAGGAGCCAGCAGUGAGCCCAGGGCUACCUUCCUCGGUUGGGCAGCGGUCUCCAGGCGAGGCGCCCGCUGGCCCGUCCCCGAGGAGUGAGGUCCCUCUGGCCCCCGCCGCGCCCACUCCCGUGCGCACCCGGCCGCGCCCCCGCCAUCCCUGGCCUCCGGAGGGGGCGGUCGCGGGGAGGAUGCGGGCUGGGGGCCGCUGAGCCCGCGGAGCCACCGUCGGUCAGCCGAGAGGAGGACGAUGCUCGGCGCGCUCAGUACCCAGUGGGCGCUGAUAUCCAGCUCACCCAUGCCUAUUUCCUGUAAUGGACGAACUUGAUGCUAAUGUGAGUUCCAAGGAGGGUUUCGGGUCAGUGGAGAAGGUCGUGCUGCUCACGUUUCUCUCGGCAGUUAUCCUGAUGGCUAUCUUGGGGAACCUGCUGGUGAUGGUGGCCGUGUGCAGGGACAGACAGCUCAGGAAAAUAAAAACCAAUUAUUUCAUUGUGUCUCUCGCCUUUGCGGAUCUGCUGGUGUCAGUGCUCGUGAUGCCCUUCGGUGCCAUUGAGCUGGUUCAAGACAUCUGGAUUUACGGGGAGAUGUUCUGCCUUGUCCGGACAUCUCUGGAUGUCCUGCUCACAACAGCAUCGAUUUUUCACCUAUGCUGCAUUUCUCUGGAUAGGUAUUAUGCCAUCUGCUGCCAGCCUUUGGUCUAUAGGAACAAGAUGACCCCUCUGCGCAUCGCAUUAAUGCUGGGAGGCUGCUGGGUCAUCCCCAUGUUUAUCUCUUUUCUCCCUAUAAUGCAAGGCUGGAAUAACAUUGGAAUAAUUGAUUUGGAAAGGAUAUCCAAGCCAAGACUGGGCCAGGAUUUGCAUGUGAUAGAAAAAAGGAAGUUCAAUCAGAACUCUAACUCUACGUACUGUAUCUUCAUGGUCAACAAGCCCUAUGCCAUCACCUGCUCCGUGGUAGCCUUCUACAUCCCAUUUCUCCUCAUGGUGCUGGCCUAUUAUCGCAUCUAUGUCACAGCUAAGGAGCAUGCUCACCAGAUCCAGAUGCUACAGCGGGCAGGAGCCCCCACAGAGGGCAGGCUCCAACCAACAGACCAGCAUAGCACUCAUCGCAUGAGGACAGAGACCAAAGCAGCCAAGACUCUGUGCAUCAUCAUGGGCUGCUUCUGCCUUUGCUGGGCUCCAUUCUUUGUCACCAAUAUUGUGGAUCCAUUCGUAGACUAUACUGUUCCCGGGCAGGUGUGGACCGCUUUCCUCUGGCUUGGCUACAUCAAUUCUGGGUUGAACCCCUUUCUCUACGCCUUCUUGAAUAAGUCUUUUAGACGUGCCUUCCUCAUCAUCCUCUGCUGUGAUGAUGAACGCUACCGAAGACCUUCCAUUCUGGGCCAGACUGUCCCCUGUUCAACCACAACCAUUAAUGGAUCCACACAUGUGCUAAGUCCUUCUCUUCAGGAUAUGCUCCAAUUAUUCACCAUGGAAGAAACAGGGCAACAAUCUUUCAGAGGAAAACCAUUUCUGCAGCAACCUCGGAGGGAAGCAGAAGAUAGACGGCUCCCCAUCAGUCCCAUGGCCUCAAGCCCUCCUGCUCUGAGAUGCUCACUUUCCUAGAACAAACCAUUUCCUCGAGAGCCUUGGGCAGGAUCAGCGGCAUCAUAGUGUUUAUUGAAAGAUUUUGGAAUCUUUCUCAUGAGCUUGUGGCAAAGUCCAUAAUACCAAUUUAUAACCCUUGAAUCUGGCCUUGCUGCUUCCAAAGGAGAGAACUGUUGGAGGCUCACGCUGCCAAGACUUGUCACUCACUGCAGUUUCCCCAGGUGGAGGAAAGGACCAAGCAGUGCUCAGGGUGGAAAAACGGCACUUUACUUGAAGCCAGAGGACCUAGAUUCCAGCCCCGGCUCCACUUCUAACAUGAUGUGAGAUCGUGACCCAUGCCCUUCCUUCCCUGUACCUUACUUUCUUCAUCUAUCAACUUAAGUUUGGACCAGGGGAUCUCUAAGAUUCCUUUCUGUUUCUAUGACAACAGGAUGCUGCUAUAGCCAUCAGCUACCUCGAAAAGGUGUGACCUGCCUGCCUUUUGACUUUGUUUCAAAGGAACUAGCUGCCUCAUCUGGGCCUUCUAGACCUUUGACCUUGCCAGCUUUGCCCUUCAGAUAAGCCUGGAUGUUUUUCAUUCAAAACUGAGUUCACAGCUCUUGCCACCUGUCCCAGAGUGAAGGUCCCAGGGAGGUAAACACCGCCACAUCCCAGAACCCUGUGAGGUGUCCACUUUGGUCUUGGCUGUGGUUUGAUAGCAUCUCAGGACUUCAUCAUACUGUCCUUGUUCCUUCUGUUUAAGAAGUCAGGUGUCAUUUCCACUGAUGUUUACUUUAUUUCUGGAAUUGCACCAGCCUGGAAGAGACUUUGGAAUGAGAAAGAAAAGAUUGCCGUCAAACAAUCCAAAUGCAAAAAAAAAAAAAAUUCUGAGUCCUGCAAAGGCUUACAAUUUUUUUUGUGGAGAAAAUCACUUGUUAAGGAACAGGAAAAGACUCUAAUGAGAAAUGUGACUUUGAACUGCCAAAUGCUGUUAAGAAAGUUGUGCCAUGCUGAAAUGCUCCUGGUGUGGCCUGGGGUUGUCACUGAUCAGUGGGAGCAGAUUCAUCUGGGGACCUAGUCUCAUCAUAUAUGAAGAAAGUUUAUCUAAGUCCUGUCUUGUACAUUGACUUUGGAUGGACCAACUGCCUGUGCUUUUUCAAGUCACUGUCCCUCUGCCGUUAACAAGAUUGGAGCUUAGGAAGCAGCCACCUUUAGGAGGAUGAUCCUCCUCUAAUACAAAGGAGAGAUCAGCAAGGUUUUGAACUGCAAGGCCCUGAACCUGGCAGUGAAACUCACACUCUAUCUGUUGGGCUGCUGCCCACACUGUCCACAACUUGCAUGAAUGUGCACUAAGGAUGAGGAAGAAGAGAAGCUGCACAGGCCCUGAAUCAAUUGCUGUGACUUACUGUGUGACCGUGAACUAGUAACUGUACCUCUCUGGCCUCAGAAACAAUCUCUCCUGCCUCCUUCAUGAAGCUGUUGUGGAGAUAAAUUAGAUAAUUUUUGUGAAGAUGUUCUGUAAAUCAUAAAAUGCCAUUUUGUUUACUAUCACUUUGAAUUACUUUGAGUGCUCCUGGGUAGUCAAAGGCUAAGAAUUUCUUCACCAAGAGGUGGACCAGUUUAGAGAGUGAGCUUUCUAUACUGAAAAACAAUACCAAGGGAUCAUCUUUUUGGGGAUCCAUUCUCCCAAAUUUAGUCUUUUGCAUUUGAUUAUUCUAGGCUACCCAAAACACACCAACACUGCAAAUUUGUGCAUCACAAACACUCUCAUUUGAAGGGAUUUUAUUGUUCUCAAAGUAAAGAGGUAGGUAGAGAGAGAUGAGGACUACAGUCUAAAUUUUGUGAUAAUGAGCCUAAUUUUUCUUUUUUUUUUUUGAGCCUAAUUUUUCAUGUACCUUCAGAGUCACAUGGAAUAAAUUCAUAUACCUUUUUGUCAUGAAAACAUUUAUGUAGACAAAGAUUUGGAUCAUCGAAAUUGUCCCCACCCUGUUAAUUCUCUCUCUCUCUCUAUAUAUAUAUAUGUAUUAUAUAUAUAUAUGAAAAGAACCCUCCAACAUGAAUUAAAUCAUGAAUGAUAAGCUGAUAAUGUUAUAUAAAGAGUCUACUGAGAUACUGAAGCAAAUAAUUUUGAGAUUUUUUAAAAUCUGAUAGUCUAUGUAAAUUAUUGUUAAUUAUCACUUAGUGUUAUCUAGAUAGUACCUUCAUUUUGUUUACAUUUUUAAUAAAGCAGAGUUACAAGUGGGGCCACUCAUGCAUUAUCCAGCAAACUAAGUCCCCUUGUGUAAUCAACAAAUAAAGUACAUGUGUGUCCAUUAUACAGAACAUGGGAUUUAAAUAUAUAUCUUCAAAGACUUGCAAGUUUUAAUGAUGGUUAUAUUUUGGUUUUAUGAAAUUGUUACUUAUACAUAUGAUUUAUUUGAAGCUAAAGCUUUGAAGUACUAGGACCCCUGAUUCUAAUUUGUUCCUAUACCCUUGGCUUUAUGAUGCAAUUCACUUUUUGAUGCAGUUCCCAAGAAUAUGUUCUAGGAAAAACAGGAGCCUUGUUUUUUUAAUCGAUAAAUUCUAUUUAUUGAUAAACAUUAAUAAAAUACAUAUGUUUAUAUUUGUGCAUUCUUUACAUGUUAUAGAAUUACAUAUGGAGGGAAAUCUAAUGUCUUAAAACUAUUAGGAGAAUUUUGAGUAUACAAUAAA